UUAUUGUUUCAAUCAUAGUGAACAACGCUCAGCGAACGUGUCACAGCAGUCUCUGGUCUUCGCAGUCACUGUUCUUCACAGGAAUCAAAGAUGGAGAAGGUGCGAAAGCACGGGCUGAUUGGCGAUCUCUGGCCGCACAUCAGAUUGAUGCAACUGACCGGCCACUGGCUACUCGAGUACCAUGAUAACAAUGAGAGUGUCAUGGUGCUGAUAAGGAAACUCUACUGCUCGCUGACCACUUUCCUUGUUCUUCUGCAGUUCAUCUUUAUAUUCGUGUUUCUCUGCUUCAAUACGUACGAUGCUGAUCAGAUGGCCGCCGGAACUAUAACCGUUCUCUUCUUCCUGCAUAGCAUCACCAAAUUCCUCUUCUUCGCUUUUCGCAGUAAAUAUUUCUACCGCACGUUCAGUGCAUGGAAUCAGAUGAACUCACAUCCACUGUUCGCUGAAUCGAACGCUCGUUACAGGGCAAUCGCUCUCACUAGGAUGCGCAAAUUGUUGAUGAUCAUUGGUAUUGGAACGAUCUUAUCAGUGUUUGCUUGGACGGUGAUCAUUUUCCUUGAUGAACCCGUACGAGAUAUCCCUGAUCCAAACGAUGUCAACUCUACGAUCAAGGAAGAAGUUCCUCAGUUGAUGAUGUACUCGUGGUAUCCAUGGGAUGCCAAAACUGGAAUGAGAUACAUGCUGUCUUUUGGUUAUCAGCUCUAUUGGUUAUUCAUCACACUGAGUCACGCUAAUCUGCUAGACGUGACAUUCUGCUGCUUCGUGAUAUUCGCCUGCGAACAGCUCAAACACAUCAAGGAAAUUCUGAAACCACUGAUGGAGCUGAGCGCUGCGCUUGAUACUGCCGUGCCUAAUUCUGGAGAACUAUUUCGGGCGUCAUCAACCACAUCCAAUUUACCAUUACUCGGCUCAGAUUCUGAGAAAGCAGGUAGUGAUUUCGACGUGAGAGGUAUCUAUAGCAACCAAAGAGACUUUUCAGCCUUCAGAGAGGGAGGAGGAGGUGGGGUGAUGUCUGUGUCUGGAGGAGUUGGUCCAAAUGGUCUCACAAAGAAACAGGAGCUUCUAGUACGAUCAGCCAUCAAAUACUGGGUCGAACGUCAUAAACAUGUUGUCAAAUACGUAUCGAGUAUCAACGAUGCUUAUGGUGCUGCUUUGCUUAUCCACAUGUUGAUCACCACAGUCACACUCACCCUGUUGGCCUAUCAAGCUACAAAGAUCAACAACGUCGAUGUUUACGCAGCGACUGUUAUUGGAUAUCUGUUCUACACUCUGGCCCAAGUAUUUGUUUACUGUAUCCAUGGCAACGAGCUGAUUGAAGAGAGCUCUUCUGUGAUGGAGGCUGCCUACAGCUGUCAUUGGUAUGAUGGCUCGGAGGAGGCUAAGACUUUUGUUCAAAUUGUCUGUCAACAAUGCCAGAAAUCACUCACUAUAUCUGGUGCCAAGUUUUUCACUGUGUCAUUGGAUUUAUUCGCUUCGGUUCUUGGAGCUGUUGUCACUUACUUCAUGGUGUUGGUGCAACUCAAAUAAAUUCAAGCACACCAUGUUAUCAUCAACAAAUGGUGUUUAUUUAUAUACAACAUCUUAUCCUUUAUUAAGUGUGUAGAAGAAGCUUGUGUCAUUGUAUCUUAAAACACAUUACUGUAGGUUAUAACUUACAGUACAUCAAUGUGACUGUGAUUGUCUUUAAUUUGAAUUUUAAUAGUUUUAUGUGAUUUCAAGUUGUAGGAUAGAAUUGAGUUUUUAGUGAUGAAAAUAUUCGACCACAUAAAAAACAGCAAUGAAUGAUAUCUUAAUAGAUAUUAUCAGAACACUAUUCGCAAGUAGUUAAUUGAAUCGAGUUGAAACUAUAUUAGUCUUGUUUGAAUGUGUGAGAUAAGUUGAACUGUUAUUGAACUCGAAUAUUCCAAGAAAUUAACUCAACUUUUUCAAAAUAUGAUGAAAAAUUAUAUCAGAAUAUCACAAAUCAUGAGGAUGUUCACCAGUCACGCUGGGAAAGUUCAUACUUUUCCGCAACUGAACUCAAUUUUGGUCGAAUGUUAUUUAUUCAGUUCUAUCUUACACAUUUUUGAUGAUCCACAAUCAUAAUUGUGGAUUAUAAUACCUGAUACAUUGCUCACUAAGCAUUUUGGUAAUAUUUAAGGUAAAUUAUGAAAUGGACGUAAAGGAGUGGAUGGGAGAGAGAAUGAUUUAGAUUAAAUUAGAAUAGAUUCCAUUACUCAUGAAGAAUUCUCAAUCCUUCUUGGGUAUAAUAAUAUAAAUAAUAAUUUUACGCAACAUACUAACAGAAAUAAUUUUUUCUUCAACUAUCCUAUAAUAAUAAUAAUAAUCAUAAUUAUAAUGAUAAAAAUUGAUAUGAGAUGUAAGUAUCGAAUUGUACUAUGAAAUGAUAAAAGGUAGAGAGGUACAAGGAUAUACAAGGAUUUCCUUCUUAUAGACACAUAUCUCUUUAGAUAAAUAUAUAAAAAGGAUGAUAGGAAUUAAUUCCAAUACAAUAUCACUGAAAUAUUUUGAAUGUAUUAUAAAAUAGGUAUAUUUGAUCAACAAAAAAGAGAGAGCAUGAGAGAGAGAGAGAGUGAAAGAUUGGAUUAGAGUGAAAGAGGAAGAGAGAAUGAUAUAUAUAGUGUAUGGGUGAGAAAGGAAUAGGAAUUAAGGGAAUAAGAGUAUGCACGCACGCCUAUGCGUGCAAGAGAAAUAAAGCUAUAGUGAGGUCCACGUUAUAAUGACAGUAUUUGAUUAACACUGGUGUUGCUAUCCUUGUCUAUCAUUCAACAAAGCAGGUAGCACUAUCCAUUUCUAGCUCCGCAACGAAGCCAAAUCUGUUUUUGACAAUGUAGACAUAUAAUUAAUUGAGGCAGAGAAUCGGCAACGCUGUUCUUUUAUCUUUAUCCACUGUCAUUAUAACGUGAACCUCACUAUAGCAAUAAGAGGAAAAUUUCUAUAGAAUCUUUGAGCAUUUUUUAUAUCCCAUACAAGUUUUAAGCAUAUUAUUACAUUCAAAUCGAACGUUUUUCAAAAGUUUUCUCGGUUUUUUCGGAAAUUAAUGAAAGAUGAGUGAUCUGUGAAUUCAUAUCUGUGCUGAAUAUUGUCAACGAGCUAAACAGUAUAGUCUGUUCAAAAUCAAUAAGACCACUGAGUCAGUUUUAUUGGGGAGAUAAAUAAAAACAACGAAUGUACAAUUUAAUAUCAUGUAUUUCUCGUAAAAUUACAGGAUACAGAAAUUGUUUUCAUUCAUAACAAUUACUGAAAUAAUCGUCAGGUACAUACAAAAAAUAUCACUAAACAAUACUUUAGUUAUACAGUGAUAAUAAUGAUACUACACUUGUUAAAUAAAGCUAAAAAACAACACACAAAAUAUGAUAAAAUUAACAGAUUACAUAAUAUAUAACAAUGAAUAGCAGAUCACAUGCAUAUCAGUUAAAAAUUGAUUAUGUGAAAUCCCAUCUGCUAUCACCUGGUAAGUUAAUAACACAAAAAUUUAUCGCUGAAAAAUUCUUUCCCAGCUAUCAAAGCAUUCCUCCACCAGCCACGAUUUAACUCUUUUUUUAAAAGGUUUGGAGUUUACGUAUCUCUGAUAUCAUGAGGGAGGAAUUUUCAAAACUUUUUUGUUGAUAUAUUUGUGUUACCUUCAUACAGAUCUGUGCGGUGCUGAUCCACUGUGCGGUGCUUACUAUAUCUUGUAUUAUAUGAAUGUGCGACUCCCGUUACACAAUCAUUUUUCAAACUAAAAGCAAAGACCACCAGGUGAUACAGGUGGAGUGGGCACUGUCAAUAUUCUGUCUGCUAUCUUUGAACAAUGACUCGCAAGAGAAUCGGGGUGGUUUCCUGAGCAUAAUUUUCUAAACCUUUUUCUGUGCACGGAAAAUUGGUGCUUCAUCCCUCCCCUCCCCAGGUGUUUGAUUUCCCAACCCCACAGCAAUAUUCCAUUAGACAGUAGUGACCCAUGAUAGGCCAAAAUAACCGUUCCCCUAACCAGCCCUCUGCUGAGACUCGACAUGGCAUAAGCGGCCGAGUUUAAUCUCUUCAAAAGAGAUUCAAUAUAAGAAUAUUUCAAGCCAGUCCCAAUCCACAGCAACCCCCAAGAAUUUGGUAGCACCAGAGUUGAUUUCAGAUCAUUGGUUUCAAACUCAAAUACUAAUGGAUUGUCUAGGAAUUGAAUUAAAUAAUAAUUGCCUUUAAUAAGGGCGGAGUUAGGACUCUAGGUCCUCUCUGCCACACAACUCUAAAAUCUGUGAAUCGAAAACUUGGUAAAGGUUUUCUUGCCAACAUUGACCUCUAACCUAUUAGCAUUACACCACUUUAAGAUUUCAGCAAAAACAGAGCUGCUAAUUGCCUGUAGCUCAUUGAAGUCAAUUGCUGUGAUAGGAAAAUUUGCAUCAUUAACUCAAUAUGAAUUGAUAUUGAGUAAUGUGAACAACUGACAUGAACCAUUAAAUUAUAAUUUGUUACGUUGCAAGUUUGAACAAUCACUUGAUUCAGCUCCGAUUGAUCUUAGUUUAAUCAGUCGGUGCAUAAUAUGACUCUUAAGCUAAUCCUUGAUUAACUCUUUAGUUAAUCAAGUCUCAAAUAUCCCAGUUUAAAUUUCUAAAUAAUAUAUUUAACUAAGUGAAUGAAUGAGUUGGGUAACGUUUUAGAAGUAUUGACAUUGCAUUGUGUGUUGGUAGCAAGGCUUAUUAAAACAAUUGGCAAGCAACUUAUUUUAUAAAUAUAAAUUGGACAGCACGUAUCUUAUAUUUAUUGUCAUAAAUAUUCAUAAGUUGAUCAUAUUUCUACUGGCUUUGCAAGUGCCUUGAUAAAAUUAAUGUAUAGAAUAAUAUCAAGUUUUACUAUACAAUUAGGUUUAUUCAUAUUUGCUAGUGGAGAAUACUCUCACAAAUAUUAUAUUGAUGUUAUGGAUUGAACAAUAGUGCACUUUGUUAGAUAGUAUUUAUAUUCAUGUAGUAUGAUACUAUUAUCAUACUAUCAUGUAGUAUUUAUUAUCAUGAUAGUAUUAUUAUUAUUAUGUCGUUGUUGGUUGAAAAGUAGAGUUAGCUUUCAUGUUAUGUAAAUUUUAAUGAAGUUUGUAAUAUUGAUUUGAUCAAAAUAAAUUAUUUUUUGUCCACAAAG